GCGGGAAAAAAGGCUACCGCGAAACUACCAUUUUUGGUGAUUUUUUCCGCUUAAUAUAAACGAGAAAUCUUCAUCUCCAAAAACCACUUCAUCUUUUGCGGCGCACUAUCUUUGUCUUUUCUAGGGUUUAUCUCUCUCUCUCACACUUUUUGGAACUGUGCUUCACUUUUUCCGCACAAUCACGAAGAUCUACUCAGGGUCUCAAGAAGAAUGGAAUGGAAAUAUGUGUGAAUAAAUUUAUAAUAAAAACCAUAAGUGUUCAUCAUGUUUAAUUUGCUUGUAUGAUGAACACAGUUCACAGAUUUAUGUACAGCUUUAGAUUGAUUCCGUUUUUCUUGCUCUGAUCUCUUGAUCCAGUUUAUUCUAUACUUCACUGUUAAUCGCCUGUUUUUAUUUACGUUUUAUUUUCCCUUAUUUGAGUUAUUUCUCGUUAAAGUAAUGAUAAAUGUCUCAUUUAUUGUUAUUUUUUUUGAAGUUAGUGAUAAUAUGUCUCUUAUUUUUCAUUGAUUAUUGAUGGUGGCUAGAUUUUCAUUUAUUUUGAUGUUUUAUAUUGUUUCUCUUCCUCUAUUCUUCUAUUCUAGAUAGUUGUAAAUUACCCUUGUGUUUCUUUGGUUAAAACUAUAAAUGUAACAGUGUGUCACUGUCACUGUUUCUUUGGUUAAACCUAUAUAUGUAACAUUGCAUGACAGAACUAGCUAUCAUUUGUCCUCAAGUAUCAUCAUCAAAGAAAGGCAUGGAUCUUCGUCAAGUCUUUGAUAAUAGGAGAAAGUCUUUGCCGUUUGUCGAAGAGAAUGGCUAUUCUGCUUCAUUUCAGUCUGAUGCCAAUAACUGGUUGGGUUUCUGGUUGUAUUUAGUGGCAAGUUCAUACUUUCUGUUGAGGGAAAAUGUCAACUUUUUCAGCGGCAGCAGAAUAAAAUCUCAAGAGAAUGUUUCUUCAUGUAACAAAAGCACACUAAAUGAGAGAACGGAGAAUGAUGCAACUGUUGUGGAUGAUGCAGUUAGCUACUCUGAGAGCUUAGGGUCUCCCCGUAGUACUUGUUCAUCCACCUAUUUUGAUACUUACUCGGAGAUUUCGGAUUUUGACAGAACAAGUUACUGGCACUCUUUACUGAGUCUUGAAGAUGAAGACUCUGAAUGGCUUUCAGAUUCUAUGAUAUCUGAGAACCUGUCAAGUCCUCUAAGCUACAGUGGUGAUUCUUUCACUGAGUUUUCAGAUGUAGACACACCUAGUUACUGGGACUCCUUGCUCAAGCUUGAAGAGGAAGACCGCGAGUGGAAUAUGGACAAAGCAAGUUACUGGCAUUCUUUUCCUUUACUAAGUCUUGAAGAUGAAGAUUCUGAAUGGCUCUCAGAUUCAAUAACAUCCGAGAGCCCUUCUAGCCCUCUAAGCUUCAGUGGAGAUUCUUUCACCGAUAUCUCAGAUGUAGGCACACCAACAUACUGGGACUCCUUACUCAGACUUGACAAAGAAGAAAACAGUGAAUGGGUUUCAGACUUUAAUCAACAACUAGAGUGUGUUCAGGAUGGUUCUCCAAUCUCAUCAUACAAGAUAAAUUGGGGUAAUGUGGUUCUUCCUCCAGUUUCUACUAUCUCUUCAUUCAAUUGUGAUGAACCACUUUUUUGGCCAUUUGAAGGAGAAUUUGAUUGGGAUUCUGAGGAAAGUUCAUUUUGUAACUCGCCUAGGAAAAAUGUUGUUUUUGAUUCAAACAUGGACAGUCCUUUGGAAUAUUUUGCUCUGAACCAAGAGUUUGCAAUUGAGACAUUGGUGGGGCUCAAGGAAUUUGAUGGACAUGAGGGGCUGGAACUUGAUUAUGAAUUUAUUGGUGAUGGUUUUAUGCUGGAGGAAUUUCUUCAAUAGAUCACAAGCACAUGCAUAGGUAGGUUCCAAAACAAGUGUAGAGAAAAAAUGACUGCAACUUGUGAAUGAUGUCAUGACUUAGAACCUAAUUAGGCCUUUAACUCCAUUGACAUAACCUUACAUGAUCUAACCUCUUUUACUGUAGGCUGUAAUUGAAGAACAUGUAUAUGUUAGGGUAUGAUUGUAGAUAUAGGCCACAACCUUUGUCGCCUUUGUUGUUAUUUAUCAUGAACUAAAUCUUUGUUCCAAUACAUUCAAUUUUAUUACCAUCAAUGUUAUUGGGUAUAGUAUUGAGGCA